CCUCGGGACAAAACCAUUUUGUCCCUUGGGUUGGAAUUGCCUUAUCUAUACCUCACAACGGUGAUAGAUUCUAUUAGUCUGUAAGAUGAAUGAUAAAAUUAGAGCAAUGAGAAAUGGUUAAUACAAAACAUAAUCUAAUGUCUAAAAAGGGUUAGUGGGAAUGGGUGAAAAUUCUAAUUUAUAUUUUAAUUAAGAAAGUAACUGUAUUACAAGAUGACAUAUUUAAAACUGGUGACAUGGUGUGGGCUAGAUUCCAGGCAGAUUGGUAUUCUGCUGUUGUAAACAUCUUGUUUCUAUGUUUUCUGUGACAAGUUCUACAAAUUAACUAUAAUAAUUAUCAUUUGCUAGUGCCUAUGCAUAGGCUUGUUGCAGAAUUUGUUAAUUCUUUUUUUAAAUAUUAUUAUUACUGACAAAUGAAUAAAAAUGUACCAACAUUUUGUUAAACUAAUAUCGAGUGAAAAUACAAAUUUAAAUUUAUAGUUUAAAUAAGAACAAGGUUGGGCAAAAGAAGAAUGGACACCAAGAUUUAAGAAAUGUAAAAACCAAUGUUUUAUACUGUAAAAUAUGUUCCACAUCCCUAUCUGCAGAUGCGGAAGCCAAGUUAUUAUAUUUUUUUUUAAAGUGCAUGUGUAGUAGAACCAAUCAGAAAGGGUGAAGGGACAUGCUCAAAAUCAGAAGUAUCUGCAACAGGUUCAUAAUUGAUAAGUCUUCUCAACACCUUUUAGAGAUGAUGAAGUGUUCAUUUUUCAAACAAAAGAUAAAACUUUUAUUGUGUGUAUCAAACAAACAAAUGGCCACAGGUAUGGGAUUUAAUAGAGACCAUGCAUAACAAAUACUAAAACGCACACAUCUACAAAAGGGCAAGCGCCAGAAAUAUUUUCUAGUUCAACCAUACUAAAUCUGAUCAUUUUAUUAUAAUUAUUAUAAAAUUAACCACAUUUUGAUUUUGUACUGUGAAGUCACAACCCUGCUCACAGCUGAUAUAUAUUGUCACUAAAAGAAAUGCAUGUAGUGUUUCAGAUUACAGGAUGUCACAUACUACCUUUGAUUAUGGAAUGAUGUAAUUGAACAUGUAGUAACGGCCAAUGAACAGGUAGCAACUGCUGUCGAUCUCUUAAAUGACGAAACAAAUUAACCAAUGGAAAGGGCCAUCAUCUAAACAUCAGGAUGAAGAUUUGACAUGCUCCAAAGAAUAUACAUUAUACUGAACAGUUUAGUCUGUUGAUGCAUUCGAAAUUUCUAACUGCAUCUCUCAAUUCACUGUGACCGAGUGGAUGGAAACUAAAAGAAUAUUAUGAUUGGAAGAUUGGUUUGUAAAGUGAAGUUGUGUGUUCAGUCAUGACACACAAAGUGAAACUAAAGGCUACCAACACACCUGAAAAGAGUUACCUUGAAAAUUACCAUACCUAGCAGAGACAUGCUGGGGAGCAACAGCCCCAUCAGAAGUCAAGGGAUGGAGAGGUGCUGGAAACACAAGCGCAAGGGGACAAGGGACAAGGAAGAGGUCAUGGUAGAGGAAGGCAAAGUCGAGUUGAUCGCCCUCCGAGUUCAUCAAGUGAUGCUGCAAGGACAUUACAGGAGAGGACACAGCUGCCACAGGGUCAAUGCAGUAAGUGUCCUUUGCAAAAGGACAAUAGAAGAAGUGAAAAACGAGAUGGCAAGAUGCACGGUUAGUGGUGAAGAAGAAAGCUGCAGGCUAAAACAAAGUAGCAAGACAGGAGGGGGACCAGCUCCAGAUGUCUACUUUAAACAAUGGGAACUGAUAGUACUUAUGCAUUUUUUAAAUUUUAAAAUAUUAACCUUCUGGAUACUGCAGGCAAGAUUUUAUGUUGCAGCACACCGCAUGCAUUGUCUUCAUUAAUUGUUUG